GUGAAGCAGUGAUCCAGUCGUUGAGAAAUACUCAAAGAAGCGACUAUUUUUCAAUCUGCAGGUUCCAACCAACAAGAAUAAAAUCCUCCAGGGAUGAAAGGGUAACAAAACCUGCCAAGCAACUCCGUUCAUGUGAUUUGAGCGGAAGCCAUGGGAAGAGAACCACCCAUGGGAGAGAAAAACUGGGCUGGGACGGACACGGCCAGCAUUCCAGCCCUUGGAAUAUGAGGAACGGCUUUUGGAAGCUGAAAGGCAAACAUUUUAAACCAUGGUGACAAGAAGGCCCUUGGAGCCCGAAACAUGAGCCAGCUGCGAGCCACGAAGCCUGGGCUCCUCGUGUGUGCAGGCAUUUGCAUCUUUGUUUUUCUUUAUUUAAGGAAUCCAACUCCUGAGGAAGCAGAGGAGGAACCCACUUAUCCAGCAGUAGUGGAAUGUGGUUUUUAUCCAGACGAACUGUGUUCAGCUUUACUUGAAGGGAAAGGGGCCGCCCUUCAAAUUGCAAGAUUUUGUAAAACCCCUCAUGCUUCUCAAAUACUUGCUCAUUUACGCACACCAGGAAACUGUUCUAGGAUUUCCCAGGACUUGCAUUUCAUAACCAGACCCUUGUCUGCAGAAGAGGGAAAUUUCUCUUUGGCAUAUAUUAUAACUAUUCAUAAGGAGCUGGCGAUGUUUGUGCAACUUCUCAGAGCUAUUUAUGUGCCUCAAAAUGUUUACUGUAUUUAUGUGGAUGAAAAGGUCCCAAAGAAGUACAAGACUGCUGUGCAAACCCUGGUUAACUGUUUUGGAAAUAUUUUUAUUUCCUCAAAGAGAGCAAGAGUAGCUUACACUGGCUUUACAAGACUACAGGCAGAUAUUAAUUGUAUGAAAGAUCUGGUCCAUUCCAAAUUUCAAUGGAACUAUGUCAUUAACCUUUGUGGACAGGAUUUUCCAAUCAAAACCAACAAAGAAAUCAUACAUUACAUCAGAAGCAAAUGGAAUGAUAAAAACAUCACUCCUGGAGUAAUCCAACCACCAAAUGUGAAAUCCAAGACAAGUGAAAGUCAUCCUGAAUUCAGCUCUGAAGGAAAUAUCCACAUAUCUCCAAAUUCAAAAUUCAAAGACAAACCACCCCAUAACUUAACAAUUUAUUUUGGAAGCGCCUACUAUGUCCUAACAAGGAAGUUUGUAGACUUUGUACUGACUGACGCCCGCGCAAAAGACAUGCUCCAGUGGUCCAAAGAUGUGCAGAGCCCAGAGCGCCAUUACUGGGUGACUCUGAACAGGCUGAGAGAUGCCCCAGGAGCCACACCAGACUCCGGCUGGGAAGGAAAUGUUCGAGCUGUUAAAUGGAGAAACGAGGAGGGAAGUGUUCAUGAUGGGUGUAAAGGUCGCUAUGUCCACGACAGCUGCGUGUACGGAUCAGGAGACCUGCCGUGGAUCGUUCGGUCCCCUUCCUUGUUCGCCUACGCGUUCGACUCGACGGACCCCCUGGUGGUGAUGUGCCUGGAGCGGUGGCACCGGCUGCGGGCGCUGCACGGGGCAGAGGCUGCGGUGGAGCCGUACUGGCAUUUCCCACGGGAGCGCCACCUCAACGGGAGACUGGGCCACUGAGCGGGGAGCUGCACGCUGCCUGCCCCCCUGGGGCCAUCGCCUGUGCCCCUGACUUGUAACGAGAGAACUUUCAACCAAAGAGACAAUGAGAGAUGACUCCUUAAUACAAGCUAGUGUGAGAUGAAUUUACAAACACGCUGCUGACGAGCUUUUCCUGUCCACCGUAGGCCACUUUUCUAGCUUUGAGGAAGAAAUCACGAGGAAAAGGAGCUCAAGGAACUGCUGGGGGCAUGUGGAUCCACCAGCCGGAGGACUGACUGUUUGCAUAAACGGCAGCAAAUCAAAAUCUCCAAACACUUAGAUUAGACCCUGGCUCAAGUUCGAGUUAAGAACACAUCUUGUUUUGAACAUACAAUUGCAUAUGAGAUUCUAAUAAAGAGCAAACUCCCCCUGAAAACUAACCUCUGCUUAUCUAAAACAGCCUCUUUGGCUGUGAACCACAGAACUCUAUUCUGGUAAUCCUAGGAAAACACAGAAGAGUUUGCUUCCUUUGGGUAAAAUGAAACUAACCAGAAUCCAAACACACUUUCUUAAAACGGUUGCUGUGAAUUCCCGUAGUCUCGGGGUGCUAACAGUACCGUCUGCCCUGAUGGCUACAAGCUCCACCGGGCUGUCCCACACCGACCACGACCACAGAGGGGCUUCAGGGCAUUUGAAAUGCAGACAGUGUGACAGAUUAAGUGAAUUUCAUUCUUUAUUUAAAGAAAAUUUUAAUGAACUGAAAUUGAAAUAGCCACAUGUGGCUGGUGGUUACCAUACCGAACAGCACUGGCCAAAGGCAAGAAUGAUCUUAACUCUCUCCACUCAUAGAUUCAAGUCUCUCAACAGUCCACGACCUUUUCAUUGUUCUGAGAACUUUCUAUUUUCUUUCUCUAAAACAGUUCAUGGCACCAUAUGAGACUGAACAUGUAGAAAACUAUGAAGUGGCACAACAUGGGAGAACUAAAGGAGAAACGGGAAGCACAGGAAAUAAAUAUAUUAAUUCAGGAGCAGAGUCUAAAGCCUUAAUAAACUGAAGCUUUGCAAGGAAAUGAAAUCAAAUCCACUUAGUCAAUGCAAUAGCCCUUGGAAAGCAAAAAGCGAAAUAGAAGGAAAAGAGGCUUUGAAAGCACAUCCCACAAAUCAAUCGUAACUAACCAAAGAACAUUAAAAUCUCCAUUUCAACAAACAUUUCUUUCAUCCAGGUACCUCGAUCCAAGGAAAGCACACACUGAAAAUGUUAAAACUGUCAAAGGUGAGAACCCAAGAGCCCUACAACUGCACAGCUCUGCUUUUCUACACAUUCUUAUAGGCAAACACAGUGCUCAUGGAUGGUGCCCGCUGGCUGGUCUGAAGGCUCAAAUUCACCAUGACUGUGUCCCUUAUAUUUUAACAACUCACUAGCAAGUUAAGUGCAAAACCCAUUAAAAAAAAAAAAUUUAUAUCUUUUCAAGUUACUUAAAACACAAGCCUGCAUUCAUUUUGUUUCAAUGUCAAUUCACAGUAUAAUCACAUUAUUAUGAAAGGGUCUACUCUGGAUGUCUACUUGCCAGAUUUGCCGUGUUUUGCCAUAUGAAGUACUUAGAAUAACAUCUGACUCGUCUCACAGAUGAGGAAACCAAGGCUCGGGGCAACAAUGGAACUUUUCGGGACCACACGGCUAAGCAGGUGGAGCUGGGACUUGGACCCAAGCUGGUAGUCUGGCCCCAGAGCCCACGCCUUUACCACACCACCUCACCUCAUACAAAGAAAGAUGAACUCAAUCACAGAGCUGCCCUCAAAGGGAUCACACAUAACAGAAGAAGCUAUCUCAACAAGUCAUUUCAGUAACAGAUAAAGUACUAAUACCCACACACCUUACUCACUGACCACAAAGCCUAAAUAAUGAAGCCAGGGGCAAGUCAAAUGCUACAGGUCACACCUCUAACAUCUAGAUCAGGGGUUCGUAUACUUUAUAGUGCAUACAAAUCCCAGGUGAGGGGGAGAUCUCAUUAAAAUGCAGAUUUUGAUUCCAGAUCUGGGAAGGAACCUGGGAGUCUGCAUUUCUUAAAAAAAAAAAAAAACCUCCCAGGUGAUGCCAAUAUUGCAGGACCAUGGAUUAUGCUUUGAGUAACAAGCACAUCAUUUAUUCAGCAAACUGUAAUUACUCCAAUGUGUUUCUCUUUAUUCCAAGAAGGAAGAACACAGUGAGGAAUACAAUUAAUUUUUUGGCUAGUGACUUGUUUAGAGUGAAAACAAACCAACCAACCUAGCAACUACUAGAAAUCAAGUGUGCCUAGAGUGAUCUUAAACCCUGAGUCUCUUCUAGUGUACUGAAAAACCAAAUGUGUAUGAAACUACAGACUGAAGAAUAAAGAAAACGUAUAUCCUAAAUAUUCAUGAGGUUCCUGAGUCAU